CGAAUCACGAAUGCUCCAGUCGGUCGGUCGUGCGCGUCGCGGCUGAGAACGAGGACGAGAGCUCGAGAUCGUUUGAGGCGUCUCGUUAUGAGGUUCGCGUGGUGCCUGACGUCGCGGUCCACUUAACGUGCGCGCGCGCGCGCCUCCGCGUGUUCCGUGCGCCCACGGCCUGCGUCCUAUCUCGCGUCGUGUCCCGCGCGUCCGGCAGGAAACGUCCGCAGAACGCAGAAUGGCCGUGGAACCUCGCGUGACCGCGAAGCCCCUGGUGCCGCUCUUCACGAAGGCGUCCGACUGCGUGUACACCAGCUGCUACUGCGAGGAAAACGUAUGGAAGCUGUGCCAGGACGUAGCGACUAGGCAUCCUUCCGAAUUGCAACAUUGUCACGUUGUUUUUGUGAGCAACCCACGCAGAAACGUUCCCCUUUGGCGUCAACGAUCGGGGAAGGACGAGGACAAAUUAAUCGUGUGGGACUAUCAUGCCAUUCUCAUCUACGCGCCCGACGAAAGGGCGGUGGUGUACGAUUUAGAAAGCUGCCUGCCGUUUCCGACGCAUUUCUGGAAGUACGCGACCGAGACCUUCCGGUCCGACGAGGCGCUGCGGCCCGAGUAUCACAGAAGAUUCCGCCUGGUGCCCGCCAGCGUGUACUUUCAGCAGUUCGCGUCGAAUCGGCAUCACAUGAAGCGCAAGGACGGCACUUGGAUCAAGACACCGCCGGAUUAUCCCCCGAUUUCGACACCAACCUGCAAGGAUAAUCUCGACUCGUUCAUCAACAUGGAACCAGGAACCGGACUGGGCGUUGUAAUGAGUUUGAAACAAUUAGUUAACCGAUUUUAUAGGCCAAACGUCAACACACCGGCGCCGACGCCGCCUCAGCCGCCUCAGCCGCAAGCUACAGCAACUUAAGUCGCGAGUUGAAGUCGCGCGACAUUCGUACGCUUUAAUCGAACAGCUUGAAAAUCAAUUGUAUGGCCUAAGGGAAUUGGUUUGGUGCACGCACGCGCCAUCGUGGGCUAAAAUACUUGAUCGAAAUUUGAUAAUAAUGUUAGUUAAUUGCUGCCAGCUACGGCAGAAUUUCAAAUAUAAAAUCGUUGUAUUGCUACUUGAGCGGGGGAUUUGCUCGAGAAUCGAGCUGGAAAAUCGAGAGGCGGUUUUAGCUAAAUUAAAUUUGUUAUCGCGUUGUGAUAUACUUUUGUCAAAAGUUACAUUAUAUGAUGAACGUGAAUGAUGAACGUUUUAGAUAAGUUUGUCAAUUGUUAUUUAUUAUUUUUCUUCUUGCUCCUCUAUAUCCUAUCACUUGAAACUUUGCGCGUAAACCUUCGGGUAGCGUGAAACCGACGAGUACAUAAAAUUAUCAAUGCAAGUGUAUUAAUUAUUUAUCCGUUACUAUUAACCCGGACUAUUAUCCUGGUUCUAGGUAGAAAGAUUUAAAAAUCUCAUGUUUUAUUCAUACAAUCAAAACCUUCGUAUUAUCGAGAUAAUAGAAACACGCACCUCUUGCAAUAUAUUAACGAGAUUGACGUCUUAUUCUCCAGCCGAGCGAUUUGGCUUGCCGCGCAUGAAGAACGAUUCUGCUGAGCUGCUUUUUGAAUACUCUCGAUAAGUGCUUAUGCAUCGUAUUAAUGGACUCCAUCGAAAUCCAUUUUCUCUCUCUUCUAACUAAAAGGUCUCCUUCGCAGAAUUUAUCCAGAAUGAGAUGCUCUCAUCCGGUCAAAUGUAGCACAUUCGAUCACCUUUCCGAACUCGAAUCGUAUUUUAUAUAAGUAAAAAACUUUCGUCUUCAUGCCAUAAAGCGAUAUUUCUCACGGCUUUACUCUGUCAGUGGUGUUAUUAUAAUUAUUGUGUCAAAGACUGAUGUAUUUACAGAGGAUUAUCCGACUUGAUAGAGAUCCCUUUGUCUAUCGGCGCGUGCUCGAAGCGCGGGACGCGAAUUAAAAGCGCUUAUAAUUACUGUGCGAUCGAUGUAGUAAGGUCAAGAACUUAAUCUUUGCGACGUAACGUAAUUAUUACGAUUAUUGUAAUUCUUGUGAUACUUUACACUUUCUACUUUGAAUACCUACGCUAUAUAACUUACCUACUGUUUAUACUAAAAGCCGAUUCUUAACAGAUACGUAUUCGCUUGUUGAACGGCUUCCCUUAAAUUGACGUAUUAACUUGAAUGGACACCCAACAUCGUCACGCGACCAAUUGUUAACAUCGAAAAACCUGUUGACUCAUCGAACACACGUCGCUCUAGUGACGAUAGGAAACAAGUUUUACAACGAAUGCUUUAAAUUCUCUGUCUGUUCUGUAAAUAAGAUAGGCAAAAUAUGUUCUAUCCAUUAAGAUUUAAUAUCUCAUUACUUUCCAAUGGAGGUAUUGAAUAUUUUAAGCCUGUACUAUUCAAUUUAUUACACCUCACAUUCUAGAGUUUUUAUAAACGUCAUAAACGUUUGUUCUCGUGGUUUUGUGAUUAACUUUUUGCGAUUCAAGUAUGAUAAAUAAUAUUUAUUUAAAUAUUCUCGCGAUUAUACGGCCUUGAGUGGCCUCGAUAUAUCAGAAUAGCCAGUAAACUUAGAUAUGAGUGCAAAAUAAGUGUAAAAUGCUCCGCCACCUCCGAUCGGCAUGAUGUAACCUUGGAUCGUAAAGGGUUAAUCGCGUGUUAUGUUAUGCGCAUUUUAUCAGAUGCGGCAGCCUUGAAAGUUCACCCCUUUGUGCGGACUUUCUUCCCUCGAUUCCUCGAUAAUGGUGACGAUGUGUGGAACGCAAGUUCCGUACUUAUAGAACUACAUCUAUUUUAAUUUCGUUGUUAGUUGCUUCAUUCGGAGUGCAAACGGGGAAGUUUGUCAACAAGCAAUUGAUAUCGAACUAUCGACUCGACGAGUCGACGGCGGCGAAUGGUGCCGAAUCAUUCGUGGGAACGGAUCCACCGAUCGGGUCGAUAGUUUUUAAGAGUUCGUCCACUCUUUGCCUUCCAAAGUCUCUCUCUCACUAGUUCACUCUUACCUUUUUCAUCGACACAUAUUUACCUCCAGUUCGCAUAUAUCAUGUUACUACGAGCGUACGUACUUGUAAGCGGAGAAGUUUACGGUUUCGAAGUAUCUAGUCACCGAAAAUCGCUUUAGUGUAAAUUGUGCGAUACAGCAGUCACCACGACCGGUUUCUUUUUAAAUAGACGCGCAAUGUGUGGAAAAAAAAUUCGGGACCGAUCUUCUUAGCGAGUAAUCUCGAGAAACUUUAUCAAAAGACAAAAAUACCGAAAAAAAAGAUUCUCUUUAUCGUUCAGACAAGAUAUUGCUAAAUAUAUCAGCAGAAACUUACGAUUAUGAUAUAUAUAUUGUACACAUAUACAUAUAUAUCGAUAUUUCAUAUUUAUUAUACAGAUAUAUUGUAAUUAUAUUUGUAUCGGUUUCGAUACACCGAUAAGAGAUUUAGUCGAAAAUGUUAACUUAUACAAUGUUUUAUAUAUAUACAUAUAUAUUAUAUAUAUAUUUGUCGGCGUUCGGUGACAUAUUCUCUUACCAUUGUCAUUUACAAUCUGUAAACGCCCAGACUUAAACAUCAUAAGUCUAUUGCCACGUUUUCGCAUAUUUGCAGAGAAUCAUGAAAACUUCUUUACGACCUUCUCCUUUCGAGUAUAUGAUGGGUUAUUACAAUAAAUGGAUGCACUCCGUUCGUCUAAGCUUCGAAUUUUACAAAAUA